AUGUCGAGUCCUUCCACACAUGAUCAAGACCCUAGGACCGCCUUUGAUCCUCGCCCAAGGACGCCACAAAUACAUAUUCAGACCAAUUCCCCAACUUCUACGGGCCACUCAAACAACGGCGUGCCCGACGUUACUCUUUCUCCACCAGGAAACAGGCAUUUUGCAGGCAGUCGCUGGAUGAAUUCAUCUCCUCGAGUUCUUCACCGAGGCAUGCCACCUCCAGCCUGGCCAAACCCAGACAUGAAUACUGAUGGGCUUGCAGUAAAUCCUUCAGCACUUUCAGGUGCUUCACCUGAAGAGAUUAGAGUACUGAGGGACCUUAACAUGGACGAUUCCCCUAGCCCUACGCAACAAGGCAGCCCGAUGGAGCAAGAUGACCAGGAUCAUACGCUUCGCUUCGAGGGAGCCGCACCGGGUAGUCGACGAAGUCUACCUUCAAGACACCCUCUUAUAACUAGAGGCAGUCCUCCAAAGUUAUUUACUCCCCCAACAACAUAUGUCCCAAGGAAUGCAAAUCAUUCACCUCUCACACCACCAAAUUACGCCUCUCGAAAUUUUCCAGGGUCUACCGCGAUGACACUUUCAAACUCGGAGCCUUCUAGAACGCUUUCAAGUAACUCAUCAGUCAAAAUAAUGAGGGAACCUAUAGAAACCUUUGAAUGCUGCUGCUGUCAGGCUGCGUUCAUCGAACAUGCCGCCCUAUUUACUCAUUUCACAACUGCUCAUAAAGGCCAACACACACAUCCAACAAACUUCAAUUAUAACUGUAGGAUGUGUGGCGACGGAUUUGAAACUCGUAAGGACUUGGAUGUUCAUCUACUUGCAUGUGGUGUAGUGCAACGCACCAAACGGAGUAGGAAUCCAAGUCUCAGCGAGCAGAGAUUUCCUGGCCAUGUUCACCGAUAUUCCACCGGAUCGCUUUCACCAGUCCCGCAUCUUGGAAUUGAGACACCGGCCUCUGGUAGAGAAUCUCAGUUAUCAUUUACUUCUUUAACCUCGACUCCAAGUGAGUUUGAGCUCUCCGAUUUCAACUCGGCGGACGACGAACAAACUACCAUUCACAAACUUCUCCAAAAGGCGAGGAAACAGACUGGUGUCAUAUCACAGGCUGGUAAAGCCGUAGAGAAUGAUGGCGAGCCCAUCUCACCAACUCGGCGGAGAAAGUCAAGUGUUUCUACCAGAUUUGCAAGGAAUGUUGCCAAGAAUAUCAGCAAGGCAGUUGAAGCCGGGCUGAUCAAGAUGGAAGAGCUGUCGGAAGGCUCGGAGGCUUUGAAUGUUUCUACAGUUGUUUCUGAUAGUCAGAAAUACCAACCUGUACACGAACGUGUUCAGGAAAGAGCCUUCCCUACCCCGAAAAAAGGAAAAUCAAAGAAGUCAAAGGAUCAAAGUCCAUUCCUAGGGAUGUUAGCAUGUCCAUUUGCUAAAGGCGACCCUGAGAAAUAUUUAACUUGUCUUCUUAUUCAUAGGAAGGAUAUGCCAGGUCUUAGAGAGCAUUUGGGGAGAGUUCACUUUGGGGGAAGCACCCCGGAUGGUGCUAUCAGAUCCAGAGACUGGCCCACGCUAUUCCGCUAUUGCUUCCCACAUUGGGACCAUCGCGUACCAGAAGGAAGUUUCGAUUACACUGAAACGAUAACUACCCUACAGUCACUAAGCCUUAGUGAACCAAUCACGAAAUUCCUUCGCGACCUCGAAAAACACCUUGUAUCACGGCGCGCUAAGGAGCUUCAAGAAAUGGAAUCGAUAUACCAUGAACGUAGCUGGGGCAGAUACGAAGAUUUCCUGAAUCGCGCUCAGUUAUACGAUCAACUUCCAUCCUCCUCCCCACAACCCCUUUCCAGUUCUCAAGCUUCACCACAAGCCGGUAUACAGCAAGCCUACGGGUAUAUUCACGAUAAUAGGCCUACCAUGACGCUUUCUGUCUCCCGCGAUAUCGAGUUUGCAAUAAAUCGCCAAUUAGACUUUACCUUUACGGUCGGGAACUUCAGCGCUGGAGAGUUUAGGAACUGGUUGGAUGGGAUGUUCGACCCGCCAGUCAGCUUCAUAGAUAAUCACAUUGUCGUUCACGAGUACAAUGUUAAGAUUGUAUCGCUUCAGGAUCUUGAGGCCUUUCUAAACCUUGAACUUUCCUCGAGACAAACUCAUAGUCGACGCAGGGAUGAUACUAUUACCAUCUUCAUUAGGGAAAACUGGACGGAGUGGCUUGCUGGUACUCCUGGGCACCAUCAUUUGGGCUGA